UAAAACUUGACAAGAAAAACAACACUCAAAGAAUUGAACUCCAAAGCUAUUGAAUGAAUCACACAAAAGCCUUUCUCUUGAUAUUCAUCUUCUUCAUACUACUCUUUUCUAAUGCUUUUGCUCAACAAAGUGUAAGUAAAUCCGAUGAUGUUGUAGACGUACAUAAAGUGCGUCCUAACGUCAUUAUCAUCAUCGGGAUCCUAUGUUCUAUGUUUAGUUUAACGUUUCUGAUACUCGCGUGCAUGAAAUUUUGUCAUGCAGACAUAACUCACCGCGCAACUCAUGGGGUUAUUAUUUCAAGGUCACGACGUUCUGGGAUUGAUAAGAAAGCAAUUGAGUCUUUGCCUUUUUUUAGAUUUUCGUCGCUCAAGGGGUCAAAAGAAGGGCUAGAAUGUGUAGUAUGCCUGUCGAGUUUUGAAGAUUCUGAAGUGUUAAGGUUGUUGCCUAAAUGUAGGCAUGCGUUUCAUAUGAAAUGCAUCGAUGAAUGGCUAGAAAGUCACUCCACUUGCCCUCUUUGUCGAUACAAAUUUAAUACAUCGGAGAUCAUUGACUUCAGUUGCACAAAUAGUUUGAGGUAUACUCAAGAUGAGGCGGGUUUCAAUAACCUUGAAAUCUUUAUUAAGAGAGAGCAAGAUGGUUCUUCUAGGUCAUCAAGGUUUAGUAUUGGAAUUGGAAGUAGUUUUAGGAAAUUUGGGAGAAGUAGUCCUAAAGAAGAUGUCUUGAUUCAAUAUAAAGAUCAAAGGUUGUUGGAUAAAUUCAAGCAUAGGAUUAUUGUAUCCGACAUUGUUUCCAAGAGCCGUUGGAGCGACGUGAAUUCCUCAGAUUUGAUGCUUCUGAACUCCAAGAUGCUUAAUGAGGUGUCAAAUAAGCGUUUUUCGCCUUCAAAUAGUGGGAAAUUUGAAAUUGACAUUGAACAAGUAAUUAAGUUUAAAGAGAAUAUGGAUAGAAGAAGAUUAUAUGAGUCCAAGGUUGGAAAAGCCAUAGAUAAUGGAGAAAGUUCUGUUUCGGCUUCCCACUUUCCUAGGCAAGUGAAAGACGACGAAUCUGAAGGUAUGGAGAAGAGAUCAAUGUCAGAGAUUACAAAUGUCUCGAGGUUCAGAGAAACUAGAAGUUCAGAUUGGGCGGGUAGUGGGAAGCACGAGAGGUUAAAUAAGGUUUGGUUGCCAAUGGCGAAAAGAACCAUUCAAUGGUUCACAAACCAGGAUAGAAAUACCUUUGAAGCAAGAACUUAACUAUUUUCAAAUUAUAUUCUAGUGGCUUAAUUCUUACUGUA